AUGGGCUGCGCUUCCAAGUCCUUGUUCACUCUCCAUUUCCCGCCUCCACCGCGUCCCUACCUCGCCGCCGCUACCAACUCCGCCGCGCCAUGGCCCUCUCCUCCAAACCUCACUCCUCUCUUCUCUUCCCUCCACCUCAACUCACCACCGCAAUUCCGCUCCCGCGUCCUGCCGCCUCUAAAACAUUUCCUCACCGCCCCCACCGGCGGCUCCGACGCCGGAAACAACAACAACAACUCCGGCGGAGGUUGGAACAAUCCCUUCGACUCAUCCUCGUGGUGGUGGCACGACGACGACAGCGGCGGUUCGUCUCACAACCUCGCUCUGUUCUCGUCUAUAUUCCUCGCCGCCGUGGCGUGUUGCUUCUGCCACCUCAGGCUGGCGUAUGCCCUAGCGUCGGAGGAGGACGCGGAGUCUGUGUGGGAGGUCAAGGGAGGCAAGUGGACGAAGCUCGCUCCUGAUUUUGUGAGGGACGCCUUUGUUGCUGACGGCGGCGGCGGCUUGGGUUCGAUAAGCUUUGAGAGCCUAGGGCUUCAAUGCAAGAGUCUAUUUGUGCAGUUGAUGCUUCCAGAAGGUUUUCCUGAUAGUGUGACUAGUGAUUAUCUGGACUACUCUCUCUGGAGAGCUGUCCAGGGCGUCGCUAGCCAGGUCAGCGGUGUCCUUGCCACACAGGCUUUGCUGUAUGCUGUUGGAUUGGGGAAAGGUGCUAUUCCGACGGCUGCGGCGCUGAAUUGGGUGCUCAAGGAUGGGAUUGGAUACCUGAGCAAGAUUAUGCUCUCGAAAUACGGGAGGCAUUUUGAUGUCAACCCGAAAGGGUGGAGGCUGUUUGCUGACCUUCUUGAGAAUGCUGCUUUUGGAAUGGAGAUGCUUACGCCUGUGUUUCCUAAUCAUUUUCUCUUGAUUGGUGCUGCUGCUGGCGCAGGGCGCUCGGCUGCUGCACUUAUUCAGGCUGCUACAAGGAGCUGUUUCUAUGCUGGUUUUGCUGCUCAGAGGAACUUUGCUGAGGUGAUUGCUAAGGGUGAAGCUCAGGGAAUGGUGAGCAAGUUUAUUGGGAUCAUGCUUGGUAUAGCAUUGGCUAACCAGAUAGGCUCUUCUACGUCUCUGGGCCUAGCUUCAUUUAGUCUGGUCACUUGCAUCCACAUGUUCUGCAAUCUGAAAUCGUAUCAAGCCAUUCAAUUAAGGACUUUAAAUCCUUAUCGUGCAAGUUUGGUUUUUAGCGAAUAUCUGCUUAGUGGCCAAGCACCUCCUGUCAAAGAUGUCAACGAAGAGGAACCGCUUUUUCCAGCUGUACCAUUUCUGAAUUGGAAGCCAGCAAACAAAGGACAACCAACAGUAUUAUCUUCAGAAGCGAAGGAUGCUGCAGCUGAAAUUGAGCAAAGGUUGCAGUUGGGAUGCAAGCUUAGUGAUCUAAUCAACAACAAAGAGGAUGUGCAUGCACUGUUCAAUUUAUAUAAAGAAGAAGGCUAUAUUUUGACCGAGCACAGGGGAAGAUACUGUGUGGUUCUUAAAGAAACAUCUUCACUACAAGACAUGCUCAAAGCAUUGUUUCAUGUCAAUUAUCUGUAUUGGUUGGAGAAGAAUGCCGGAAUUGAAGCAAAAGGAACUUCCAUCGACUGCAGACCAGGUGGAAGACUGGAAAUGUCUCUAGAUUAUGUGCGGAGGGAAUUUGACAUCAUCAAAACCGAUGGGGAAUCAGUUGGUUGGGUUACAGAUGGUCUUAUUGCAAGACCUGCACCUAAUAGAAUUCGUCCGGUUUAUGAGGCCUCAUCAGUUGCUUGCUGACAUGACCGGCAGAUGUGUUCCAUCAUGGUAUCUCAUAGGAAAUGAGGAAAGAAACCAUAAUUGGAUCCCCAUGCAUUUGCCCUUGCUUCAUUAUUUUCUGCAGAUGGAAAGACUAACUUACGGGACACAAUAUGUGACAAGAAGGUACAUUUGCAAGCUAUCACCUAUGGGAAGGGAUGACUAGUCAUCUCGGGGUGUUGCACUUGCUGCAGAUGGCUCCUUCUUUCGUCAAUGUUGUGGCCUGAAACACAGGAUUAAUUUGAAUAGGAUGAUUGGUCUUGGUUAUCAGGAUGCUGAUUUACUGCAUAGAAGAUGUGUAGGUAUAGAAAUGCAGUAGCGCAGGACUGAACCUUUGCAGUUAUAGAGAUGGUUCUCGGCACAGGCCAUUGACGUCGCAUAAUAGGACAUAUGUUUCAAUCAGAAAUUUUCAUGUUUCUUGUACUCUUUUAGGUUCUUCUAUUUGGUUUUGGACAUCCUUUUAGUCAAAGUUGUAUGGUAGGAAAUUGUAGUUCAAUUUGAUUAGUAAGUAGAUCCUCUCCCUCUCCCUGUAGUUUUUAACUCUGUAAUUGAAGGAAUGCCUGAAUUUGUGCAUUAUAUUU